UAGAUCACUAGAAUCCACAGCUGGUCGUUCCGUUCGCAGAUAAGUAACUGACAAAACGUUUCUUAAUUGAUCUUGUCUGUUGGCUGCAUUUCGUAUUGAAACUUAAUUGAUAUCGGGGUGUUGGUGAUGGUCUCUGUUUUGAAGUACUAUUGACUGCAGAUUGACCGCUGAAAAUGGGGGGCAAACAUUCAAAUUCGAGAAGAGGCAGUAUAAAGAUAAACGUCAAGUUCAAGAAUAUUCUGACAAAGUUAUGUGACGAUGAAAUACACUAUCCCAAUACAAUCCUGUCAGCGCCUAAACUUGAGGAUUUAUGGAAGGAGCAGCUCUCUACAGAGCUCUUAAGCAUCUUGAUGAUGCAUUUUUCAAGGCAGGCGUUAACAGUAGAUUUAUUUAUUAGUUUCUACCAUCAAAUUGUGGAGGGACCUCCUGAUGAAAAAGCUGCUCAUUUAUUUGUACUUUUUGAAAAUCCUCAAGUAAUGAAAACUUAUGAUAUGAUCCACUAUGUAUAUGCAAUGGUCAAAUCAGUUGUAAAACUACUGGAGAAAAAUGAAUUAUACCAAAAUUGGUUACAAUUGUCCACUGUUGAUGCAUUUAGCAUGACAGACACCUUUACAAAAUAUCUCCUACAUGAUUUUACUUCCCAUAGCCAGAUUGAGGUUCAACGCCUUGCUUCUUGGUUGUACAAAAGUACACACUUUCUGGACCUCUCUAAUUAUGUUUACAAUGUGAUAUUUGAAAUCAGUACCCCCAAUGACUUGAAAUUACCGGAACCCAUUGUAAAUACAAAUAAUAGUGAAAAGACAAUAAUGACAGCAGGAGAAGUAUUGUUUUUUUCAUUACUGCUGCAAAAAAAUUUUAUAGAAAAAUGGAGACUUUUGUAUUCAUCAAAGACAUAUGGCAACAGUUGGGCAACCCUAUCCAAAUGCAUAUCUGCACAAGGGCCAACAUUAAUUUUGGUAAAAGGCACAAAUGGUCUCUUAAUUGGUGGUUUUGCUUCUGAAAGUUGGAAUUUUCGUCCUGAUUUCUAUGGUGAUGACUAUAGCUUUAUUUUUCAAUUAAGACCAAGUAUUGAAAUUUUUGAAGCAACAAAUUACAAUAAAAACUUUCAGUAUUUCAAUACAGGACAAGGUACUUUACCUAACGGAUUGGGUAUGGGAGGUCAGUUUGGUUAUUGGGGCUUUUUCAUUACCUCUGAAUUUGGAAAGUGUAUGGUAUCCGAGACGUGCACAACUUUUAGGAAUUACAAGAUUAAUACCGUUAUAAAGGAAUUUGAUAUACAAGAUUUAGAAAUUUGGGGAGUUGGAAAGGCAGAUCCUACACCAGCUGAACUUGGCGAAAGGGAAAAUACACACGACAAAGAUUUAACUGCACGUUCUCUACUGGAAAUUGCUGGACGGAAGUCUUACGCUGUAGAUCUAGAUCUAUUACCACCAGAUAAUAACGAGAAGGAAUAAUGAAACUUCACUUUUUAUUAUUUUUUGUUAUAAUUUAUUUUCAAGAAAUAAAUUUGUAGUAGUGACUAUUAA